UCCACCACUCACCUGACUCACCUGAGACAAAGCAGGAAACAGUUUGUCUUCCUCCCUCACUAAAGAGAGACACGCAGACUGAAAACAGACGAUCAGAUUCACCUUCAGAACAAACUAACAACUUCCUCUGAGUGAGUUCAGCUACAGGAGAGAAAAGAGGAAAACUACAACACUGCUGCUUCAACCUGCUGACGCUCCACACACUGAAUCUUCACUCAGAGACUAAAUGGCUUCCAGAUCAGAAGAGGAUCUCUGCUGUCCGGUCUGUCAUGAAGUCUUUAGAGAUCCUGUUCUUCUGUCAUGUAGCCACAGCUUCUGUAAAGACUGUGUGAAGAGCUGGUGGAGAGAGAAACCAACUCAGGAGUGUCCAGUUUGUAAGAGGAGAUCUUCAAAGGAUCCACCUCUUAACCUGGCGUUAAAGAACCUGUGUGAGUCCUUCUUACUGAAGAGAGAUCAGAGAGCUUCAGAGCCUCUCUGCAGUCUGCACUCUGAGAAACUCAAACUCUUCUGUCUGGACCAUCAGCAGCCAGUGUGUGUCGUCUGCAGAGAUUCAGAGAAACACACCGACCACAGAUUCAGACCCAUCGAUGAAGCUGCUCCACAACACAAGAAGAAGCUUCAGGAAACUCUGGAGAUCUUAAAGGAGAAGUUAAAGGUUUAUGAAGAAGUUAAAGUGAAGUCUGAUCAAACAGCAGAACACAUGAAGGUCCAGGCCCGAUGCACAGAGAGGCAGAUUAAGGAGCAGUUUGACGAGCUUCACCAGUUUCUAGAGGAGGAAGAGGAGGCCAGGAUGGCUGCACUGAGGGAGGAAGAGGAGCAGAAGAGUCAGAUGAUGAAGGAGAAGAUGGAGGCUCUGAGCAGAGAGAUAGCAGCUCUUUCAGACACAGUCAGAGCCACAGAGGACGAGCUGAGAGCUGAAGACGUCUCAUUCCUGAACAACUACAAGGCUGCAGUGGAAAGAGUCCAGCAGCGCCCCCUGCUGGAGGAUCCACAGCUGCUCUCAGGAGCUCUGAUAGACGAGGCCAAACACCUGGGCAACCUGGCCUUCAACAUCUGGAACAAGAUGAAGGACAUGGUCUCCUACACUCCUGUGAUUCUGGACCCAAACACUGCUCAUCCAAAACUCAUCCUGUCUGAAGAUCUGACCAGUGUGAGAGGAGGAGAGAGACAGCAGCUUCCUGAUAAUCCAGAGAGGUUUGAUGAAUACUGGUCUGUUCUGGGCUCUGAGGGAUUUAACUCAGGGACUCCCAGCUGGGAUGUCGAGGUAGGAGACAGUACAUACUGGGUACUGGGUGUGUUAGCAGAGUCUGUCCAGAGGAAGGGACACAUAUGGUCUGGAUUAUGGAGUAUAUGGUUCAAUAAUGAUAAAUACUCAGCACACUCACCACCAGCUUCAUCCACUGAUCUCUUAGUGCAGAAGAAGCUCCAGAGGAUCAGAGUGAAUCUGGACUGGAACAGAGGAAAGCUGUCGUUCUCUGAUCCUGAUACUAACACACACAUACACACCUUCACACACACUUUCACUGAGAGGAUGUUUCCAAUCAUUUACACUUAUGAUGAACUGAAUAUAUUACCAAUGAAGGUGUGUGUGACAGUGGAACAGAGCAGUUAGAGAUAAAGAUCAUAACUAUAUUCAUGAUGUUUAUGUCUUAAAGCCUUAAAGCUGCACCUGUCCUCCUGAUGUCUCAUUCUUCUAAAUAUAUCUUUAUUAUUUCAGUUAUUGUUGUAUUAUUGUUUUUGUUGUUGUUUAGUUUGACAAUCAGCUGUUUGUUUCUAUUCUCUACCUUUUCAUAUAUAAAUAUAUCACUUAGUUCCUCAUGUUGUGCUUUGUUUAGCCGUUCUAGUCCUCGACAGCCGAGACCAGAGGCUUCAUGUUGUCAUCUUGUUUUCAUGAUGUUCGUCCGCUCCGUUCUCAUCAAUGUGAUGUAUCAGGAACGUCUGGAGGGAACUUCUUCACCUCUGACACAAACAUCCACUUGGACUCAAGGA